AGUUUUUAGAUAAGUAACGCUGUUGGAGAUACGCGUUAUCUCUUACUUUCAGAUAACAGCUAGGUGCAAAUAAAUCCGAAACUUUUUUCUUCCUUUUGAGCUUUUGUAACGUCACGUUGUUGUUUGUUAUGGAAAUUCAUAACAAAUGAGUAACAGUAAAAGUACCGGUGUCAGCUAUGUCCAAGUCAUUCAAAAUUCAUUUGAAAUGACAGAUCCUCGCCAUGACUAUUCUCCAUCCUUUGGACAGAUGGCUGAUAAACCUCUCUUUGGAGUUUCCAAAUGGCAAGAUCGUGUUAUAAAUACUACAUCUGCAGUUUUCACAUCACUUGUUGUAGGGGUCACUGUCAUCAGUGCAUUCAUCUUCCCCCAGUGGCCGCCACAAGCUCUCAAUAUCUUCUAUGCAAUCUGCAUUAUGCUUAUGUGUGUCUCACACAUCACCCUGAUUCAUUGGUACAACGAAGGUGGUGUGGAUCCUAAAUUUAGAGUGCUAAUCUAUUUUAAUACUGUGCUUAUAAUUUUAUUCUGCAUUUGUGCUAACUGUUAUUAUCAUUCAUAGAUGAAAUAAUUGCCUCUAAACACUCAUUUCAUGGGUGUACCAUACUGUUAUUUGACAAGCAUGAACUUUUUUUUUUCAUUGAAUGUUUAUGGAACAUUGGUUAAAUUAAUGUUUUCUCUUCUCUCUCUCGCUGGAUUGUUUAUGUCUUUUUUUUUUACCUUUUUCAGAUAGUGAAUUAUUGUUGUUAAGACUUUUCUGAAAUUCUGUUGGUAUUUAAAUAAUGUAAUGGCAUUUUAAUAAGGGAUUUUAUUUUUUUAACAUUGUUUUUAAUCAAAUCCUUAAGCAAAAGAUUUUAUCAUUGAAUACUAAAAUAAAAUUAAAAGAAAUAUUUUAUCAAGAUUUUUUUAAUAAGUAAUAAUAAUUUGUGUUUCCUUUUUACUUGUGUAUAGGCAGUGUUUAAAAUGUGUAAAUAUUUUCUUUAGGCAAAGAAGGCGAUUUUAUUUAUUUUUUAAUUCGUAUUUAUUUCUUUUGUAUAUUAGUAAAAUUAAAUCAUUUUUAAGACAUAUUUAUAAAAUAUUCAUUUUUGGAAAUGUCCAUUAAAGUUUUUUUUAUCAUUAUUUCAAUCUUAUUUAUGAUCUUUUGUAUUGCCCUUUAUUUAAUACAUUGCUUUAAUAUAAAGUUUUUUAAUCUUAUAACAUGAAUUUUUCUUAAAACUGCAGUGCUUUUUUCAAUCUUUUAUUCAUUUACCAAAAAAUUAUUUUAAUGCUGAAGUUUCAAAAUAGUCAUUUCCCUUCUAUUAAUCAGUAAACAGCCUCUAUCUUUCAUGUGCUUAAGAUAGUAGUGUUGUGGCUUAGAUUUUUGGUAAUUUUUCUUCACAUAUCCUGAAAAUGAUAUUUAAUCAGAACAAAGAUUAUUAUGUGUAACCUAUUUCAGAAGUAAGAAUUUGUUUUCAAUGGUAAAGUUAAGAAAAAGAGAUUUAUACACAUCAGUAUUAUAAUUCUUCCACUCUCAAAAAAAGUGACUUACUUUUACAAAAUUAUCAGACAAUAAUAUUUUUACUUAUGACAUUUUGAAUUAAAACUAUAUAAGGAAAUUUUUUUAAAGUGUGUUCCAGUCAAUUCAUUCCAGAAAAUGAUAUGGGCUACAAUUUUAUACAUUUGAGACUGAAUUAUAAGAAAUAUUUUAUGAUAAUCAUUCUUGUAUAUUGCUUUAUUAGUAUUUUUAUAGAGUUAUUGUGUAUGUGAUAUUUUAACUAUGACUGAAAGUGUACAUUUUUGUCUUUUAUAAAUAAAAGUGCAUAAAUAAUA